AUGAGGCCUCCAGGACUUCAAUGGAUCCUGAUCCUCUUAUCUGCGAAUCUAGUCGCGGCGCAAGGUCCCUGUCCCUGCAGCUGCCCAUACUUUGAGACAGAAAUACUGACUGGUUACGAAAGUUACUCAGGUGCACCAUGGUCAAGUGACUCAACUCCAUCAUGGUCCAGUUACCCAACUCUACCAUUCUCCAGUUACUUAAACCCACCAUGGCCAUGUUACUCAACUCUACCAGAGUCAAGUUACAAAACUCCACCAUGGCCCAGUUAUUCAACUCAACCAUGGUCAAGUUACUCAAACCCACCAUGGUCAAGUUACUCAACCCCACCAUGGUCAAGUUACUCAACCCCACCAUGGUCAAGUUACUCAACUCCACCAUGGUCAAGCUACUCAUCACCACCAACUACCGGUUACUUACCUCCACAAUGGUACAGUUGCCCACCACCAUUAACUACAGAUUGCUCACCGCCACCAUCUCUAUGUUACAUACCUCCUCCUACUCCUCCUCCUCCAACCCCACCAAUACCAUCGGCACCAAAUAUUUUCACUUAUACUCCAUCUUUACCUUCACUACCUCCUCCGGCUUCACCUCCGCAAUACGUUAUCGUUCCACCUCGUCCACCGCCUCCACCCCUACCUCCAUCAAUAGUCAUUCCACCUCCUUCAUCAUCUCCACCUCCAGAAAUAUUAAUUCCACCUCCUUCACCACCUUCAUCUCCACCAAUAUUUACUUCACCUCCUCCAUAUAACUACCUGGGAUACUAA